AUGGUUAUUGUUAUAAAGAAUGUGAAGAAAGGAAAGAAGAAAAUCAGCAAAGAAAGACUAGUUGUGUUGGAACAACUCUUUUACGAAUUGAAGAACAUUCCUCUCCUUUUCCUACAACACACAAAUGAAGGUGGAAUUAUUACAUCUCAACCAUUAAGACGAAACCAACGUCGUUUUUGUAAAAGAAUGGCAGCAGCAAAUCAACAACAACAAACAAAAACAACAAAUUCCCUCUUAAUUCCCCAACAAAAUAGAAAAUUAUCUUAUAAUCAAACAAAUUCUUCAGAUUCCUUACAAGUAAAAAGUUGGAUUGGGAAAGGGGAGGAAAUAGGGAGAGGGGGGAUGUUGAGAGAGGGAAGGGGAUUGAAAGCUUUUAUAAAGUUUAUUUAUCCCUUUUAA